GACCAGAUCAAUCCCUUGCGCGACAUGGCAGACCGCGUCGGUCGUGAAGUCGAUCACUUUGCAGAAACUCUCGACAGAUUCAAUUCUCGUCUACAUGGUCAGGACGCAUACCGUACCGCCAUCGACCUCACUCUGGAGUACACGGAUUUCGCAAGCACCAUGGUCAACAAGAUCACCCAAUCUCCUAUCAGAAGCUCUAGCCUUUCUGGCGUUGUGGGCCCUGUCACUCACAACGAUGGCGACGAAGACAUUCCCGCCCAAACUUCGCUCGACACAUUGAGGCAAUGGCAAACCGAACUCGACACCUGGGAGCUAUUCCGCAUCAUGCUCGAACUACGAUACUCACCUGAGAAGCAGGCUCGCCAGCAAGAGAAGGAAGCUAGGCUAGCAGAUCUGGGCACACCAAAUACAUACACAUCAGACUCGGACAUUUGGGAACGCUUUACCUUGGACAACGAUUCAGCAAGAGAACGGCAUCUUGUCCUGAAAUGGCUACAAGGAGCUGCCAAUCACGGUGAAAGUGACAUCGAAGCCAUCGCUGAAGAGUUGGAGAAGAAGUCGGGCAGAGGAACAGGUAUCUGGUUUAAUGGCUGGAUGGAGACUCGUGAGAGAAUCAAAGGAGCGAAAAGAAUGCGCGUCUUUUCAACGGCCUCAUCCGAUAUGCUCGACGUGAAGCGCACUCACAGCAACGAACCCCUAGUGUCUUCUCUGGACCCGGAUGCACCAACUCGACAAUACCGUGUCUUGGAGAAGGCAGACGAAUAUUCAGAAAGAGCUCUUUGGAUGACUUGCUGGGAGAUGCUAAGGCGUGGCCGCUCAUGGAACGAUAUCUGCCAGUGGUGCUCCGAACACAACCAAAGCUGGCGCGCUGUAAGCAUGGCCGUUUCUGCCGACUCGGACGUCGACAUGGCUCUUCCAGGUGGCUCGGCUGGUUCACUUUGGCGACGCAUGUGCUACGCCCUGACACAACAAACAGGUCUGGAUGAGUACGAGGCUGCUGUCUAUGGUGUGCUCAGUGGUGAUCUAGAAUCAGUCAAGCGUGUGUGCCAGAGCUGGGACGACUACAUCUUUGCUCACUACAAUUCCCUUCUGGUCGGGCAAUUGGAAGAAUAUUUGCAGAAGAGCUUCCCUGAGAAGUUUGCGUCUGGUACUGCCACAAAGUUCCCACUCUUCGACUCUCUCAGGCACCACGGCGACCAACAGGAUGUUGCUCGAAAUUUGAUCAGGCGCCUCAACGAGCAAUCUUCCACUUCGCAGGAGGCCAGGAAGCCUCUCAAGUUGCUGCAAGGCAGUCUCGUUGCAGACAAUUUCGCCGACUUGUGUAAGAAUCUUGCGACAGCCAUCUCGGACGCUGCCUGGUACCAAACCACUUCGACCACUAUAGUCCCCUUGCGUACGGCUGUCUCUCCAGAUUCUCAACGAGAGAGCGUCAUCUUCAAUGAUUACGAUGCUCUACGUAUUGUUACUCACAUGGUUUUGAUGCUACGUGAGUUCCACGAGCCUCUUUCAGACAUCAAGUCCGACCCUGAAGCCCUUGACAACAUCAUUGCUGCUUACAUUCAGCUUCUGCGUGCGGCUGGUAGAUGGGAGCUCACAUCAGUCUACGCAUCGAGAAUGUCGCCCACUCGCGGUACCAAAUCACUCGCACAAACCAUGACCGACGUACAAGACCUCCAAGAGAAAAUGCACUUUACCAAGCUCAUGUCGACCUACGGCAUUGAUCCUGUUGCUGUCCUGACCGAACAGGCCAAGUAUCUCAUGGAAGAAGUUCUACCGAAAAAGCCUGCUGGGCAGGAGAAUCUGAAAAUUAUCGAGAGUACCAAGGAAGAUCUUUACCCUGGUCAAAGAAUCAAGCUGAACUUUGCGGAAGAAGGAAAAGGUGGCGAGGGUAUUGCCGACCACCUCGCCGUUUUCCAUCUCAUGGAUGGUCAUUGGGAGGUUUCUUUCCAGACAUUGGCAUAUGCCUGCAGAAAGCUGUUGCGUAAGUUGCGAAUAUCUCCUGUUACUAAUCAAGCAUGCUAA